UAAGUUGAAUAGUGCAUGGACAAACACCACGAUGCUGCUCAUGAAAUUAUUGAGACAAUUCGGUGGGUCUGUGAAGAAAUCCCAGAUCUCAAGCUUGCCAUGGAAAACUAUGUUUUAAUUGACUAUGAUACAAAAAGCUUUGAGAGCAUGCAGAGACUGUGUGACAAGUACAACCGAGCCAUUGACAGCAUCCACCAGCUGUGGAAGGGGACGACGCAGCCCAUGAAGCUGAACACGCGUCCGUCCAACGGGCUGCUGCGGCACAUCCUGCAGCAGGUCUACAACCACUCGGUCACCGACCCCGAGAAACUCAACAACUACGAGCCCUUCUCCCCCGAGGUCUACGGAGAAACCUCCUUUGACUUGGUGGCCCAAAUGAUCGAUGAGAUUAAAAUGACAGAGGAUGAUUUGUUCGUUGACUUGGGCAGUGGUGUGGGGCAGGUGGUGCUUCAAGUGGCUGCAGCCACAAACUGCAAACAUCACUACGGAGUGGAGAAGGCUGAUAUCCCAGCCAAGUACGCUGAGACGAUGGACAGAGAGUUCAGAAAAUGGAUGAAGUGGUAUGGGAAGAAACAUGCAGAAUACACACUGGAAAGAGGUGACUUCCUCUCAGAAGAAUGGAGAGAGAGGAUUGCAAACACAAGUGUUAUUUUUGUGAAUAACUUUGCCUUCGGGCCGGAGGUGGAUCACCAGCUGAAGGAGCGCUUUGCGAACAUGAAGGAAGGUGGGAGAAUUGUGUCCUCAAAACCUUUUGCACCUCUAAAUUUUAGAAUUAACAGUCGAAACUUGAGUGAUAUUGGCACUAUCAUGAGGGUUGUGGAGCUGUCACCACUGAAGGGCUCCGUGUCCUGGACGGGGAAACCAGUCUCCUACUACCUGCACACGAUUGACAGAACCAUACUUGAAAACUAUUUUUCUAGUCUCAAAAAUCCAAAACUCAGGGAGGAACAAGAGGCAGCUAGACGUCGUCAACAAAGAGAAAACAAAAGUAACACAACGACCCCAACGAAGAUACAAGAAAACAAGGAUUCUGGUGCUGAAGAAGAAAAAGCUGCAGCAAAUUCUGUUAAAAAGCCAUCUCCCUCCAAGGCCAGGAAGAAGAAGCUGAGUAAGAAAGGCAGGAAAAUGGCAGGGAGGAAACGAGGGCGCCCCAAGAAAAUGAACACAGCAAGUACUGAACGCAAGACCAAGAAGAACCAAACUGCACUAGAACUCCUGCAUGCUCAGACUGUCUCCCAGACAUCUUCAUCCUCUCCUCAGGAUGCCUACAAGUCACCUCAUAGCCCAUAUUACCAACUACCUCCUAAAGUGCAAAGGCAUUCGUCCAACCAGCUCCUGGUCACACCCACCCCCCCUGCACUACAGAAGCUGCUAGACUCAUUUAAGAUCCAGUACAUGCAGUUCAUGGCAUACAUGAAAACUCCUCAGUACAAAGCAAGUCUGCAACAGUUACUGGAGCAGGAAAAGGAGAAGAAUGCUCAGCUGCUGGGGACAGCCCAGCAGUUAUUCACCCACUGCCAGGCCCAGAAAGAGGAAAUCAAACGCCUGUUCCAGCAGAAGCUGGAUGAGCUGGGAGUUAAAGCUCUGACGUACAAUGACCUGAUCCAGGCUCAGAAGGAAAUCUCUGCUCACAACCAGCAGCUGAAAGAACAGACAAAACAGCUGGAGAAGGACAACAGUGAACUCAGGAACCAGAGCUUGCAGCUGCUGAAGGCUCGCUGUGAAGAACUGAAGCUGGAUUGGUCAACGCUGUCACUGGAGAAUUUGCUGAAAGAGAAGCAGGCCUUGAAGAAUCAGAUUUCUGAGAAGCAAAAGCACUGUUUGGAACUGCAGAUCAGCAUCGUGGAACUUGAGAAGAGUCAGCGGCAGCAGGAGCUGCUGCAGCUCAAGUCCUACACGCCCUCGGAGGAGCCCCUGUCAGUGCAGCUGCACAGCAAAAGCCACCUGAGCCGUGACCCUGAGGCUGAGCAGGGCAGGUUCCAGCUGGAGCUGGAGUGCUCCAAGUUCCCCAUGCCCCACAUCAAUGGCAUGAGCCCCGAGCUGUCCAUCAACGGCCACGCCACCCCCUACGAGCUGCAGCACGCCUUCAGCCGGCCCUGCUCCAAGCAGAACACCCCUCAGUACCCCAGCUCCCACCUGGAGCAGGACAUUGUGCCCUGCACCCCCAGCCACAGCAGCAGGCAGAAGGCAGACAAGGUGACCAGCCUGUCCCUCCCCGAUUACACCAGGUUCUCCCCUGCGAAAAUCGCCCUGCGGAGACACUUGAACCAGGACCACGGAGUCAAUGGGAAGGCAACAGCGAGUGAGAUACAGAGAGCUGAGCAUGUCAAAGAGAAUGGCCUUACAUAUCCAAGCCCUGGAAUUGCAAAUGGAAUAAAGCUGAGUCCUCAGGAAACUCGGCCCUCCUCCCCCACAGCCUUACCCAGUGCAGGAGAGAAGGUUUUGAGAGAGAGAACCUCUGUGAGUAAUGGAGAAACUAUCACCAGCCUCCCUAUCAGUAUUCCUCUGAGCACAGUGCAGCCCAAUAAACUCCCUGUUAGUAUCCCUCUGGCCAGCGUAGUCCUACCUAGCCGUGUUGAGAAGGUGAGAAGCACACCCAGCCCAGUUCACCAGUGCAGAGACUCAUCGACACUUGAAAAGCAGAUUGGUGCUAGUUCUCAUAAUGGCAUAAGCAAUGCUGCUGGAAACAAGCCUCUGGCUUUGGCUACCUCAGGUUUUUCUUACUCUUCUGGCUCCGUGGCAGUCAAUGGAAAUCUUACAAACAGCCCAGCCCAUCUUAACCAUAGUGUUGAUCAGGCAGCUCUGGACGACUCUGGGAGUCUCUUUAACUCUGUAGGGUCUCGGAGUUCCACUCCACAGCAUCCUUUGCUAAUGAUGAGGAACUCUGGGCAGAACUCCCCUGCUCAGCAGCACUCGAGCCCCCGCUUAAGUGGCCCGGCCCAGAGCCUGGCAGGGGGACUGCAGAGUGCAGAGGCUCAGAAGAUCUUUGCCGAAGGAACAAAGGGGGACCCGCAGUGUGAUGCAGCGUUUUCAGAUCCUGAGAACGAGGCCAAGAGGAGAAUCAUCUUUACAAUCUCUCCUACUACAGGACAUGUAAAACAAUCCCCUUGCAGCAAGCACAGCCCCGCGGCCGGCCAGGCCCACGCGCAGGACGGGAAGAAGCGGGGCCGGCGGAAGAGAUCCUGCGCUGCCGGCGCCCCCGGCGGGAGCGGCGCCGCGUCCCCCAAACGCAAAGCCCUGCCCCCGGUGGCCGGGCUCUUCACGCAGCCCUCGGGCUCGCCCCUCAGCAUCAGCUCCAUGGUCAAUAACAUUAACCAGCCCUUAGAAAUAACAGCCAUUUCCUCUCCUGAAAACUCCCUGAAGAACUCUCCUGUUCCUUACCAGGACAAUGACCAGCCCCCAGUGCUGAAAAAGGAGAAGCCCCUCGUUCAGAGCAACGGUGUCCAUUACUCGCCCCUGACAUCGGACGACGAGCAGGGCUCUGAGGAUGAGCACAAUAGCAGCAGAAUUGAGAGGAAAAUUGCAACAAUAUCAUUGGAAAGCAAAUCUCCACAGAAGACUGUUGAAAAUGGUGGCAGCUUAUCAGGGAGGAAACAAGCACAAAGCAACGAGAACAUGAACAGCAGCAAAUGGAAAUCGACUUUUUCACCGAUCUCUGAUGUCAACCUGACCAAAACCACCGACAGCCCCUUGCAGGCGGUGUCAGCUCUGAGCCAGAACUCCCUGUUUGCCUUCAGGCCACCCUCCGAGGACGGGCUGCCCAUGGACACCAAGGUGCCAGGACACCCCAGGAAGAGCCUGGCAGUGCCCUCGGACGGGCUGAGCCCUGGCACCAACCCCCCCAACGGCUUCACCUACAACGGGGGCCUGAGCUCCGAGCUGGGGCUGCACGGCUUCAUGGACAAGGCUGCGGAUGGGACGGGGCAGAGCUGCUCCCUGGGCUUCCCCUCGCAGCGAAACAAGGAGCUGGCGGGGUCAGACACCAACCUGUUCCUCAACAAGAGGCAGCUGGAAGGUCUGGGCAGCAAGGGAGAAGAGCUGGGCCGGCCAGGGGCGAAGGGCAAAGAGCUCAGCGCGGGGGGGUCUGCGGAGAAAAACUCUGUGCAGCACAACGGGAAGGUCGGCAAGGGAAGGGACCGAGAUGUGGAGUUUAAAAACGGCCACAACCUUUUCAUUUCUGCUGCUGUUUCGUCUGGUGGCCUUCUGAAUGGUAAAAGCCUUUCCACUGCUGUUUCCUCAGCAGGGACCCCGGCAGUCCCGACCCACCAUCCUUUCCUCAACACUCUGACCACUGGAUCGCAGUUCCCCCUCGGCCCCAUGGCCUUGCAAGCAAACCUCAACUCGGUGACAAAUUCCUCAGUAUUGCAGUCCUUAUUUAAUUCAAUGCCAGCUGCUGCCAGUCUGGUCCACGUGUCAUCAGCUGCAACCAGACUGACUAAUUCUCACACUAUGGGGAACUUCUCUCCUGGGGUUACAGGUGGAACAGUUGGAGGUAUUUUUAACCAUGCGGUGCCUUCUGCCUCCUCUCCUCAUCAAUUUGGAGCCAGUUUCAGCAGCAGUGCUGUCUCUAGCAGCACCGUGCUAAGCUUAAACCCUCUGCAGGCUGUUGCCAGCACCUCAUCCUCAUCCUUCCCACCCUCUUCCUCUAAUUUAGUACCAUCUAGUGAGGCUAGACCUGCUCAGCACCUCAACAGAGCUCCAGUGCAAUCUGUCUUCCAUCCCCCUCCUCCCCCUCCUAACGUGUCCUUGCCUCCCCCUCCUCCUUUACUCGCUUCUAACUCCGAGCCUGCUCUCCUGCAGAACCUGCCCUCCAUCCCUCCUGCUGAGACGUUCCUGCCCUCCUCCUCCUCCUCCUCCUCCUCCUCCUCUGCUCCUGUCCAGUCUAACUCUUCUUUGUCUAUUAAACUGGCUUCUCUGCAGCACAAACCCUCCCGCCCCUCCUUUACAGUGCACCACCCGCCCCUGCCCCGCGUGCUCCCGCAGCCCAGCGCCGCUGGCACGGCCGCCAUGUGGCUCACCCUUGGCAUGCAGCCUCCUUAUGCUUCGCACCUUUCGGGGGUUAAGCCACGAUAAAGAGCUUGCUUAGCUAACAGUUCUUGUUUUGUAAGGUAACUAGGAUUUCUACCUCAACCCAAUGUGACCUAUGCAAGGACAACGUGGACCAACUUCACUCGGCUUCCACUGAAAGGUGCUCACCUGGCCUGUGCAGGGGUUUCUACUCUCUUACUACUGGACAAAAUAUAAAAAAAAAACAUAAAAAAGACCUAAACAACAGAGCAAACAUUUACUGUGAAUCUGAGUAAAAAAAGGAAAAAAGGCAAAAAAAAAAAAAAAAGGCAAAAGAAAUGCUUAAAGCUCCAGUUUGUAUUGUUGAUAGUUUAGAUAAAGUAUUUAUCUUUUUUUUAAAGUGAAAA